CUUCAUGAUCCUGGAGGAAGAGAUCACCGACGACUCGGAUACGCUGCCGUGUUCGAUUUGCGGCGAUAAUGAUAACGAAGAAGUGUUGCUGUUGUGUGAUGGCUGUGAUGUGCCCUCUCACACCUAUUGCUUGGGGUUGGAUGCGGUGCCGUCUGGCUCAUGGUACUACCCAAUCGCAGUCGGCAACCAGAACGUCGGACCCGUGCACAGCAGCGCAUGCUUCGUAACCGCAACCAGGCCAACUCCCUCCAGUGGGCUGCUGUGUGGCAAUCGGUCUACGACAGGCUGAACCUUGAUCUCGACUUUCCGUUCGACGAUUCAGACCACCGGUUCUCGUUGCUUUCAGACUAUCAAGUUUUCUCACAAGCCUCCCCUCGACAAAGCUCGAGUCGUGCGUGGCAACGCCGGGUGGAGGUUGCAGAGCGUCAGGGCGGUGGCCGCAGUUUCCGUGACCCCACUGCCAUUCUCGAUGAAUAUGUUCCCCGGCCAUCACGUCCCCGCGUCCCUCGCGCCCCAACCCCACAGCCGGAGUCUGUUGAAGAGAUGCGCGCUUGGAACGCAUUUGAACGUGCUAGAGAACUAGAGAACGAUCCUAAUCCCUCCCGCAAACGCAAAGAACCAACCAUUUCUCCGUCCCCUGAACCGACGGAACCCGAGAGAAAGUUGAAAAGACCACGCACGAGACGCACGGAAGAAUUAGCCGCAAUGGCCACACAGAAUAACAAUGGCGAACCGUCGCGGUCUGCAGCUCGUCCUCAGUCAGAGAACCUCUCCGGCGAACCCAGUUUUCUCCAAUCUUUACUCAAAGAGGUAGAAGAUGCCUCCCACCACAGCAACUCAAUUGGACCCUCUGCGUUUACAAAUACCCCGACUGAAUUUCAUAGCUCUUCUGGUCCUUCCUCUCCUUCUCUCUCAUCAGCAUCCUCAAACCGAUCAUCGCCUCGAUUGUCGUCCACCAGUCCUCCACCACACUCCCGAAGAAGACCAGUCUCACCCAUACAGCUUUCUCCAAGUGUUGUAUCUCUUUCUUCUCCUACACAGGAAUUUUCUCCUUCAGUCUCUCCAAAUCAAAGCCAAGAAAAUGCCAAUGAGUCCAAUCCUCAUCCUGACAGAAAACACCGUUCUUAUAGACGCCAGCAGGAAAUUGCGAGGUCGAAUGAGAAUUCACCGUCCCGCAAAGGUCUUUCUCUUUCUGUCAAAUCAGAUGUGCAAAAACUAGUUGGAUCGGAACUGAAACCCUUCUACCGGAGCAAAGUCAUCACAAAGGAAGAAUACACUGAUAUCAACCGCACGACCUCACGCAAGCUUUACGAAAGUGUUGGAGAUGUGGAGAGUUUAGAGGAAGGGGAUCUUGCAGGACUGAAAAGCAUCGCCGAGAAGGAGGUUAAACAGGCGGUUGAGAUGCUUCAAAAAGAGAAAGCAGAAACAAGCGACAGACAGACUGGGACCCUCUCUGAUGCACCUGGAAAAGCUACUCCCGUCGCACCUCCAGGAGGCGGCGAGGAGAGCUAAUAUGUAAUGACCUAUGCAUGACAACGGCGUUGGAACGUGAUUAUUAUUUGGCUUGAUUCAGCGUCACUCAACUUGAUCGGCGAGUAUAAGGA